AUGAGGGUUCUAGCAAUACUGUGGACGGUAUGUCUGAUAAGACUAUGUAGCGCAGGCUUUUGGUGCUGUUGUGGAGGAGGUACUACAGAUGACAAUGAUCCUCCUCAAGUUACUAGUACUCCACCUAAACCUUCUACUCCCAUUACUCUUGAUCUUGCAAAGCCAGAUGAGUCCCAUAUAAAUGUAGAAGAACAAAAUAUUGAUGGAGUAUUACUAAAAGACUAUCUUCCAAAGGAUGACCUCCAUAUAUCCUCAGUUGUAGAUGGCGAUAAGGAGCUAUGGAAAGCUUCUGGAGAUGAAAAGUGCGUAUUUGUAGAAUCUUAUUCUAAGGGUGCUCUAGAACUUCUUUACCUGGAGACCUCAGAGAGUAGUGGCACUAAGUAUAAGUACUUUGAGAAGACUGAUGGUAAAUGGAAUGAGAUUGAUGAAGAGCCAUUUAAUGAGAAGGCAAAGACAUUCAUUGGAGAAUCUGGAAGAGAUGCUUCUCUAAAUAUUGCUCAUCCAAGUAGACUACUAUGCCAGUCAUUCAACUAUACUUUCGCUGCUAAUGCUGUUCAACUCAUUGUUCCUAAUAAAGGUGUUAGCGUCUCCAAGCUUGUGAACAACACUGAGACUGUUUGGACAGCUGAACCCGGAGAAACAUUUGAUCAUGCUAAAGUCUACCUAAACAAGGAUAAGAAGCCUGAACUGGUCCUUCUAGUAACUACUUUAUCUGGUACUCCUAAGGAAACUUACCUUGAGCUUAAAGAUGGUAAAUGGGUAUCUUGUAAUGACAAAGAUGCCAAGAUGAAGAAUUUAAAGGAUACUACAGAAUGGAAAUCAGACUUUGAACUUGAUCUCUCUGCUUCUAAGGAUACUGAUAAAUGCAGGAUCUUUGAAGCUGAAUUACUGGGAGUUACCACUAGACACUUUUAUCCUAAACCUGGCCAUGUCCCUAUCAAGGUUCAGGAUGGAAAUAAGGAACUAUGGAAAUCCACAACGUGUGCCACUAAAUUUGGGUCUAAUUCCUCAGAUAGUUGUCUUUCUUGUCUUAUCUAUGAGAAAGGGGACAUAAAAAUACUAGAAAUGAUUACAGUGGAAAGAUUAACAAAGAGGUAUAACUACUUUGAGAGAGUAAGUGGUGAAGCAUGGAAGACUAUUACAGAAGAAGACUUUGAUAAGAAGCUAAAGGAUAUGAGAAAUGGUACCGCGAAUCCAGCUCCUAAAAAGCCUGAUACUUCCACAUUAGCACCUACAAAACCAUCUGGAAACUAG